UGUCCAUGACAGUCUACACCCCAGCUUCUGAAAACAAAUUUUGUUGUGGUUAUUCUAUCCAUAUACUGGGUUGCUGCUACAAUUUGUUUAAGCAGACUGGUGCCUCUCGUUGUCCGUAGCUGGCCAUCUCGACCUGACCGUCCGUGAAGCCAAACUUGCAUGCGGCAUGCCCUCACUGUCAGAGUAGGAUUGGAUAAGAUCAUCUUCGAAUGACUCCAAAUUGUUGUUGAAGUCAUCCAAAUUUGUUCUUUAUAAGAGAUUAGAGCACCAAGACCUUUAUCAGGCACAUCCGACCGAUUCUCGAAUUGAUAUAUAGCAAAACAAAAUAGUUUUGUCUUGUAUGAUAUUGUAAUGAGUGAUAAAUCAAAAUGACAACGAUUCUCCCGACUAUGUCCGGCCAUAGUUUUGUCUGUCUUGUUCGUGACAAUAUAUAGACACGACGCGUUGCCCAGGGAAAAGAAAAAGAACGCUCGACAUUCCAAAUCAAAGUCUGGAGGACCAUAUCAACUUCUCUGCUUGGCAAUUUCUUGAAUUUUCUUCCUCUUUGCUCUCUCCUCGUACAAUUUUAAUUUGGAAAUGGAGACCCAGAGAGCGCAAAACCGACGUUUGUUCUGGUUGGUAACCAGUAGCUGUUCCAAAUAUGAUUCUUGUUUUAAAAGGAGGAAGAUACCGGUGCCUACACCUAUGAAGAAAAAAUACCGAUACAGAUGUAUGACCGACUUUUAAACUUGGCAUCCAUUGCUCUUACAGAGAAAGAGUUUAAGCAAGAGACAUCAAGGCUCUGGGAGGAACCAUAUUGGAAGGCAUCUGCAUGGAAACCGUGUGCGAAUAAAAAGCUUCCGACCAAUCUUGGGAAAUUUAACAAAAAUAAUGGCUACAUACUAAUCAGCGCAAAUGGUGGUCUCAACCAACAACGAGUUGCUAUUUGUAAUGCUGUUGCUUUGGCAUCUCUUCUCAAUGCAACUUUGGUUCUUCCAAGAUUUUUAUAUAGCAAUGUUUGGAAUGAUCCCAGCCAAUUUGGUGAUAUUUACCAAGAGGAAUAUUUUAUAAAUAUUUUGAAGGAUGAAAUCAAUAUUGUGAAGGAACUCCCUCCUCAUCUGAGAUCACUUGACAUUGAAGCACUAGGUAGCCUGAUUACUGAUGCAGACCUUGUGAAGGAGGCAAAGCCUGCUGAUUACAUCAGAAAUAUACUUCCUCUCCUCUUACGGAAUGGAAUUGUUCACUUCCUUGGGUUUGGAAAUCGACUAGGCUUUGAUCCAUUGCCUUCUAAACUCCAGAGAUUAAGAUGCAAAUGUAACUUCCAUGCUUUGAAGUUUGUGCCAAAAAUCCAACGAGUUGGUUCAUUAUUGGUCAGAAAGAUAAGAAAAUAUGAUGCUGCACGAAGUAUGUUGGACAAAGAAUUGCUAGGAAACUUCAUGCCCGAAAAUCCCUCGAAUGAGCUUGAUGCGGUUAGUGGCCCAUCCAAGUACCUUGCUUUGCAUUUGAGAUUUGAAGUGGAUAUGGUGGCCUACUCCCUCUGUGAAUUUGGAGGGGGAGAAAGUGAGAAAAAGGAACUUCAAGCCUAUAGAGAAAUCCAUUUUCCUCUGGUUAUUGAGCGCUUAAAGAACUCAAGCCCUAUUUCUUUAACAGAGUUACGAAAGUUGGGAAGAUGUCCAUUGACGCCAGAAGAAGCAGCGCUUGUUCUAUCUGGACUUGGUUUUAAGCGUGGAAGUUACAUUUAUUUGGCUGGUUCUCAUAUAUAUGGAGGAAAGUCCAGGAUGGAUUCCUUCACCAGCCUGUAUCCCGACUUGGUCACAAAGGAAACCCUUCUCACUCCCCAAGAACUGGCACCGUUUAGAAAUUUUUCUUCUCAGCUAGCUGCGUUGGACUUUAUUGCAUGUGCAACUGCCGAUGUCUUUGCCAUGACUGACUCUGGAAGCCAACUUUCAUCCCAUGUGUCCGGAUUCAGAACCUACCAUGGCGGUGGUCGUGCCCCUACCUUGCGGCCUAACAAGAAGAGGUUGGCUGCAAUUUUGUCGGAGAAUGGCACCAUUGGAUGGAACAGUUUUGAAGACAGAGUGAGAAAGAUGAUCGAGGAAGGUCAGAGGGUCCGUGUGAGGGGCUUUGGUCGGAGCAUUUAUCGACAGCCAAGGUGCCAGGAGUGCAUGUGCAAAACCCACUAGCAUGUCAUUAUCUCGACGACUCGUUUUAACAUUUUUUUUUUCCACUCAUUUAUCCGCAGUAUUGAGAUUUUCAACC